CCCGACACCUGCCGGCAUAUCAUGACGUUCCAAAAACUUCUCGGGCCGUUGCUGAAGGACUCCACCGAGAACGACAUCCCCACGGCGACGGCCCUCGAAGGAAAGGUGGUCGCUUUCUACUUCUCCGCCAGCUGGUGUGGGCCAUGCCGUGGAUUCACCCCGCAGCUGGUGAAGACCUAUAACGCCGUGCGCGCAGCGGGCAAGGAGUUCGAGGUGGUGCUCAUCGGUUCCGACAGGAAGGAGGAUGACUUUGUGAGGUACCAUAAGGAGAUGCCGUGGCUGGCGCUGCCUUUCCCCGACAGGGAGAGAAAAUCCUCCCUGAGCACCAAGUUCAAGGUUCGCGGCAUCCCCACCCUGGUAAUCAUGGACCACGAUGGCUCGGUCAUCACACCGGACGGGCGCGAGGUGGUGGGCGACGAUCCUGAGGGCAAAGACUUCCCGUGGAGGCCUAAACCUCUCUCGGAGCUCAUCGGGACCGAGUUUGUGACCAAGCCCGGGACCCUAGCGGGGGAGGAGGUCGUCCGCGGCAAAACCUUGGCCCUGUACUUCUCCGCGCACUGGUGCCCUCCCUGCCGAGCCUUCACGCCACGCCUGGUGCAGACGUACAAGGACCUCAAGAAGAGGGCGGGAAGCGAUGACGUUGAGUUUAUAUUCGUGAGCUCAGACAAAGACCAGGCGCAGUUCGACGAAUACUUCCGGGAGAUGCCGUGGGCCGCGAUCCCUUUCGGCGACGUCAACAGGAGAAGGGCGCUUGCCACGCGGUUGGGGGUACGCGGCAUCCCAACCCUGACCACCAUUGACCGGGACGGCGUGGUGAUCAACCAGACAGCUAAGGGGGCAGCGAUCGCUGACGCAAAGGGUCUGGAGUUCCCGUGGUGGCCGAAGGCCGUGGAAGACCUCUCGGUGAACAGCCAGAGCAACGGCUUCCACGUGCAGGAGAUGCCGUCGCUUAUUAUCUUCAUGGAGGCCUGCGACGACGUAGAUCAAAAGGAGGUGGAAGAAGCCCUGCUGCCGAUCGCCACGGCGGAGGCGGAGGCUGCGAAGGCCAACGGUGGCCAACCAGCGUUGAUAUUCUUCACGGUGAAGUCGGAGGCCAGCUUGCCGACACAAGUCCGCAACGUGUGCGACCUCAAGACAGUACCCGAUUCGCCCCAGGUACCGGCCAGUGCGAUGUGCUUCUCCUCUUGUUGA